CAAAAAAGGCGACAGCGGCCCAAAAGGCCAAGUCAGUUGUCGUAGGAGAGACUAGCCGGGUCCAGAGGACUACCAGGGCCCAGGUAUAUAUUGCUCCGGAGACUUUGCCCCAGACAGAGGGUUCUUCUACACCGCCACUCGUGGAGGAGAUUGGGGCAGCCGUAGCUGCAGAUCGGGGGACGGCUCCACUGCCAGCUCCCGCAGUUCCAGUACCUGAGCCUCCAGCUCCACAGCCAGGCACUGAGGAUCAGUCUAUGAGGGAGGCAGUCCAGUUGCUGACUAGACUUGUGGCAGGGCAGGUUCAGGGGCAUGGACUGGGAGGUGACCGGGCAGUCAGGCGUGAUAGUUCGAGAGCCCGUGAGUUUUUUACUUGUAACCCUCCAGAGUUCUUCGGGACAAAGCCCGAGGAGGAUUCUGAGGAGUUUAUUAGGAAGAUGCGACGCACUCUAGAUUUGAUUAAUGCUUCCGAGACAGAGUCAGUCGCGUUAGCUUCGUACCGGUUAUAUGAUGUGGUGGCAAACUGGUACGAGUCAUGGGGGCUAUCCAGGGGGGACGGCGCUCCUCCAGCAGUUUGGGGCGAUUUUUCUCAGGCAUUUCUUGGACACUUUCUGCCCCCAGAGUUGCGACGAGCCAGAUCUGAUAGAUUCUUAUUAUUGAGGCAGAAGGGCCGCAGUAUUUGGGACUAUAGUUUGGAGUUUGAUUCCUUGGGCCGAUAUGCACCUACUGUGGUGGCUACUAUGGCGGACCGGAUGCAUAGAUAUAUUAUGGGGCUGGAUCGGUAUUUUGUUGAUAGCUGCUUAGUAUUGGCUGCUCAGCCCGGUAUGGACAUUGCCCGUAUCCAGGCCCAUGCCCAGGGCAUGGAGGAUCGGGGCAGAGGAGGACACCAGCCUGACAGGGGCCAGGAUCGGAGACAGCCCAAGAGGGCCAGGUCAUCUGGAGACUUUCGGGGCAGACAGCCCCAACAGCCGCAGCAGCCUAGCAGAUUUUCAUCUCAGCCGGCGCAGAGCGCGCCUCCCCAGCCUGCAGGUCGCAGAUUCGAUAGCCCAGGGUAUUCAGGAGCAGGCCAGAGCUCCAGGGCUUCAGGUUCGCGGACAGAUAGGGGUUCUGGUCAGAUGAGGCCACCCAGGGUUCAGUGUUCUUUUUGCGGCAGAUACCAUACGGGAGAGUGCUACAGAGCCACCGGUGCAUGCUUUUCUUGUGGCCGUCAGGGCCAUUCUGUGAGAGAUUGCCCGUAUAAGGGUAGUUCGGGUGGUGCAGCGCAGCCUACCGGAUCAGCCGCUGGGUCUUCAUCUUCGUCAGUGGCUAUGCGCCCUACGGGGCAGGGUAUUUCGGCACCAGCGGGUCACGGCAGAGGCCGUGGUGGAGCUUCUGGUAUUAGCGGUCCUUCGAACCGUAUUUAUGCUUUGGCCAGCCGCCAGGAUCAGGAGGCAUCUCCUAAUGUCGUUACAGGUACUGACGACAGGUUCGCUGAUCCACACGUUUAGGAUCCUAUUUCUGCUAUUUGGGGCGCUCUCUUCUACAGAGCCCAUCUUUUGGUACAGUCUGUCACUGCUAUCUGGAUAUGUACUUUGUUCAGGGUAUGACGGGGCCCUGUCCCGUCUUAUGAUUAUGAUAUGUUCUGU